CUACGACCUUUUGGCGUUCCAAACUGUGCUCCAACAGUUAGACUAUCUGGGACAAUCUAGAUCCCAUGGCACAUAUACUGGGUCAAAUAUGCGUAUCUAUAGUUAGAAAAUAUUUGUCAUGGGCGUUUAUUUGAGCAGGGCGUUUAUUCGAGCAAAUACAGUAUGUAUAUACUGCUGUAAUUAUUAUUUGUAUAGUUCUCUUGAAUUGUUCUUAUUUCCCAUUGAUACCACACCUGACUGUUAGUGCUAAUGCAUCCUAUACUCCAGGAUCUGUGAUAGUAUUCCAUUGUGAAUCCGGUUAUAUUAUAAAUGGACCAUCAACUAUCAUGUGUAAUGAUAAUGGUUCUUGGAAUAAUUCAUUUCCCAAAUGUCUGUUGUCUUCAUCAUCAUUGACUUCAUCAAGCACACAAUCUUUAUCCAGUACACCACAUUUAUCUUCACACACAUCAAAGACUCUUCAUUAUUCACUCAACACUUCACACCCAUCAAGCACAAUGCAUCCAUCAAGUACUGUUCAUUCAUCCAGUACUCUACAUCCAUCAAGUACUACUGUUCAUCCAUCAAGUACUGCUGUUCAUCCAUCAAGUACUCUAUUCAUCCAUCAAGUACUCUACAUUCAUCAAGUGCAAUGCAUUCAUCAAGUGCAAUGCAUUCAUCACACCCACUAAGUUCUUCCACUUCACAAAAUUCAGCAAGCUCAUCCCUACAUUCAACAACUGCUCCACCUUCAUCAAGUUUAUCAGUUAAUACUCUUUCAAGUACACAUGGUACUCUGCAGCCUUCAGUUAGGAGCACAUCAACUGCAAUAAAACUAUCUACAACCUCAUCAACUCUUGUAGUAAACUCAUCAAGUUUUUCUCCUGAACCAUCUAUUGCAGCACAUUCUUCUGGAAAUAAAAAGACCCUAAUAGGAAGCUUAGUAGGAGUUGGUGUUAUUAUUUUAAUUAUAAUCAUCAUCAUCAUUGCUGCAGUGUAUUUAAUUGUAAAGGCUCGAAGGCGGCAUCGUGAUUAUCGUUCCUUGAGAGCAAUAACCAUUAAAGCUGAAGACUCUGAGGAUGAUGAUGAUGAUGAAGAGAGAAUUAGUUUAAUAGAUACAGAAGAUGAAGAGAUUGCUGAUGAGAGGAUAAGAGCUGACGUGAGUGGUAUUGAUCUAAAGGAAAUGGGCAAGGGAGCUGGUCACUUUCAGCCAUUGUUGCAUUCUGAUGAGGAGACUGAUGUUCCUCCAAUUGACAUUUGAAAAUAAUUUUUUUGCUGAUAUUUU